UGUUGGGAAAGACCAGAAGAUAUGGAUACUGCUAGAACUGUUUAUUAUGUAUCUUCGAAGAAUCCCGGUUCUGAUGUCGCGGCUGAAACCGCUGCCGCGCUUGCUGCAGCUUCUAUUGUUUUUAGAAAAGUUGAUCCAUCUUAUUCUAAGCUUUUGUUGAGAACUUCACAGAAGGUUUAUCAGUUUGCUUUGCAGUAUCAAGGCUCGUACAGUAAUUCACUCGGUUCCGCUGCUUGUCCAUUUUAUUGCUCGUAUUCCGGAUUCAAGGAUGAACUAUUAUGGGGAGCGGCAUGGCUUUUUCGAGCAACAAAUGCGGUUUACUAUUACAAAUUGGUGAAAUCUUUGGGAGCUGAUGAUCAACCUGAUAUCUUCAGCUGGGAUAACAAAUAUGCUGGUGCACAUGUUCUUCUUUCAAAGAGAGCAUUGUUGAAUGGUGAUAAGAACUUCGAUCAAUAUAGACAAGAAACCGAUAAUUUCAUGUGCAAGAUCUUGCCUAACUCGCCCUCUUCAACUACACAAUAUACACAAGGAGGACUUAUGUUCAAGUUACCUGAGAGAAAUCUCCAAUAUGUGACAGCUAUAACAUUCUUGCUUACAACCUAUUCAAAGUAUAUGUCAGCAACAAAGCACACAUUUAACUGCGGCAACAUUCUCGUCACUCCGAAUACCAUAAGAUCCAUAGCGAAAAGACAGGUAGACUAUAUAUUAGGUGAAAAUCCUCUAAGAAUGUCGUAUAUGGUAGGGUACGGUCCAUACUUUCCAAAGAGAAUUCACCAUAGAGGUUCGUCGUUGCCGUCACUAUCAGUUCAUCCACAAACCAUAGGCUGUGAUGGAGGUUUCAAUCCAUUUUUCCAUUCAAUGAGCCCUAACCCUAACAUAUUGGUUGGAGCCAUAGUUGGAGGUCCGAACCAGAACGACGGAUUUCCGGAUGAUCGCGGUGAUUACAGCCAUUUUGAACUGGCAACUUACAUCAACGGUGCUAUUGUUGGACCUUUAGCAUACUUUUCUGGAAACAAGUAAUGUUAGAUUUGACUUCGAUAGCAAAGCUAAAACGAAUCCUUGCUAUCGAAGUAUAGAUAUUGUCACUCGUCUAUACCCAACAUAGGGAUGUCGACCAACUCAAAAAUCAGAUGGUAGACUAUGAAG